UUUGAUCUACGCUUCCGCCAAAUUUCAAAUUAAAAUUGAAUACACCGUGAUUUAUGGAAAAAUAAUGAUAAUUUUACGUUGUUAUAAUGACUCCUGUGUCUGAAAGAAUCGACAGAUGGAAUCUGACAACCAAGGUGAAGGUGAUAAUGUAGAAAAAUUCGAUAUUAAAUUGAAAUCAAAGCCAAGGGAUGGUGUCAUUUUGCAACUCCAUCAUACUAUUCGUGGAGCGAACGGGGAAAGUCGCCGAAUCCGUUUCUCCAUCGGCGCAUUCGAGGAUUCUCAUGAGAAACUCGCAUGUGCCGACAAUGUUGGUAACAUAUUCGUAUUCGAUUUUGCCGACUUAAAGUUUUGGAAACUAAAAAGCCAGGGCCCCUGUACUGCCAUGGUAUUCGUUCCUCAUAAGUUAGAUACUAUUGCUAUUGCUAAUGCUAAGACAUUCGCAAUUAAUUUCGUAGACAGCGACACCGGAGAAGUAAACUUCACUCUACCUGGGCAUUCAGCACCGGUUAAACAUAUUGCGUUUUCGAAUAACAAAUUAAACAACCUUUUAACAGCUAGUCACAUUGAAGCAAUAUUGUGGGAACUUAGAAAUUAUACUAAAUAUUUCACUCUGAACACCUAUUCCGGGGCUCAGAUACAGCAAAUCCUGUUCACACCAGGUGGUGAUUACUUAGUCGCCUGUUUCCAUAAUGAUACUGUGCAAAUAUGGAGACACGAAACAAUGAAAUCUGUAAAACAAAUUAUACCAAAUGAGUUGAAGCAUUUAAAAAAUGUAGCAUUUACAAUGAAUGGCAGAGCAAUGGCCAUUGCAGGGCUUGCACCAAUAUUAAUAUUGUUCAGUAUGGACACAUGGAAAGCUAUACGGUCCCUUGACUUACUCAAGUAUAAAAUUUCUGGAGUUCAACAACUUGCUUUCAUACCGCAGAUGUUUGAUGGUGGUGCUAACAAAAUCCUUGCCAUAUUAAGUAGUGAUUGCAUACUAUAUUUUCUUGAUUUAGAUACUCACAAAAUUAUAUACAGGAUAAAUCCUGAAUCAUCAGGUAUAAGAAAGUUUCUAGUGAGCCCUACAGGUAAAUACUUUCUAUGUAUUUUACAGUUAGGCGAAGUUAAUAUAUAUAAAACUUCUCAUGUAAUGGAUUUAGCUCAAAGCUCUGUUGAGGAACCACUGAAAAAAGAAUUACCAUGUUCAUCUCUUACUCAUAAAAGUGUGAAAGAAAAGCAUUCACCUACAAAAGUACAAGUCGAAGAAAAGAUGAGGAUUUGUAUGGACAGUGCUCGAUUGAGAAGAAUUUUAAUGCAAUAUGGAGAAUAUCCUGAUAAAUUUCGCUCAAUUAUUUGGAGAUCUCUUCUUGUUACACCCAGAAAUAAAAAGGCUUACUCUGCUUUGCUUGAAAGAGGUAUCCACCCAGCAUACAAAGGUAUUGAGAAGCAAUUUACUAUACAUAGUUCUAUAACACUGAAAAAUUUGAAAAGAUUGCUGUCUUGUUUAGCCCAUUGGUGUCCACUAUUUGGAGUCAUGAAGUUUUUACCUAGUUUUGUUUUCCCAUUUGUAAAAGUGCUCCAAAAAGAUCCUCUAUUAUUGUUUGAAAGUGUAGCAACAGUUUUAAUUAACAACUGCCAGCUCUGGUUUGAGUAUGCACCAUUUCCUCCUAUCAGCAUAUUGGCCAUGAUUGAAAACAUUUUAGCAGAACAUGACCAACCAUUGCUGGACCAUUUUUGUGGCAACGGGGUGACAAGUCAAACCUAUGCAUUAAAAAUAUUAGAAACUGCUUUCAGUGAAGUGCUAACAUGCUCAGAAUGGCUGAUAAUCUGGGAUCAUAUUCUCAGUAAUGAACCAGCUUUUCUAUUAAUGGCUGUUGUUUCAUAUAAUAUUAUCCAAAAAAAUGCCCUGAAAAGACUCAACAGUCAUGAGCAGCUAGAAAACUUUUUUCACAUGCAAAAUCCAAUUGAUAAAAAAGCAUUUUUAAAGAAAGCGUAUAUUUUAUUAAAUGAAACACCUGAGGAGAUACAUCCAAGAACAUUUUUCAACAGUUUUUCGGCUUUAGAAAAAGGUUCUUCCUAUCAACAAUUCACUGGGUACCCAAAGGCCACUAUUUGCCUUAAAUUAGCCAAGAAUCAGAGAAGAAAAACACAAGAAAGGCGUACCUUAAAAGAACUCACAACUAAAGCACAGACACAAGAAAUAAAUAAGAGAUGUAUCGAGAAAAAUGGAUCAGAUAAUGAGGCAGAAGACAGUUCUGACAAUGAGCUUGAAGAAUAUAAUAAAUUUAUUGCUAGCAUUAAGGGGUAUAAGAAAAAAUUAAGUAACAAUGAUCAAAAUAUUGGAGAUCAUUGUAGAAAUGGUAUUAAAGAGGACUUAGUUGAGAGUGUUAUGUAUCCGGUUACUACACACUUUCUGCGAAAUAAAGAGAAAGAUAGUAAAUCAAGUAAAAAAGAUAGUAGAGUUGGUGGUGCAUCUUCUCAUUGCAAAUCACAUAAACACUGUUCAGAUAAGCAAAACAAUAUUCUUGAGAAAGAAGUGGAGAGAUUGAUUGGAAGUUGUAGUAAUUCGGAUGAAUCUAAUGAAUGAGAAAAUUAAUGUGUU